CUGCGUCACAGGGGCGGUGCCCUCAGGUACACUCACCAGCAGCGGUCAAACACACACACGCACAGAGGAGGCAGUGUUUUCUCGGCUCCAUACGCGCGCACUCGUGCACUCUCCUCAGUCUGAAGGUCGAGUCCCGCAGAAAGAACCGGAGGAGGCACCGAGGUUCAGCGGAGGAGCAGCGGAGGAACCAGCGGAGGACCAGCGGAGCAGGAGCAGCGGAGCAGCAGAGGAGGAGCAGCGGAGCAGCAGAGGAGCAGCCGGAUGUUCAGCUGGGUGAAGCAGGAGCAGGGCCGGAGCCGGGAGGGAGAGAUGUACCAGACGGUGACCGAGGGGCUGCAGAGCCUCUACACCAGGAAGCUGCUGCCGCUGGAGGAGACCUACCUCUUCCAUGACUUCCACUCCCCGGCCCUGGAGGCCGCAGACUUCCAGAGCAAACCCAUGGUGCUGCUGGUGGGACAGUACUCCACCGGGAAGACCACCUUCAUCAGGUACCUGUUGGAGCAGGACUUCCCGGGAAUGAGGAUCGGUCCGGAGCCGACCACCGACGGCUUCAUCGCUGUGAUGUACGGCGAGAAUGAAGGUGUCAUCCCUGGCAACGCCCUGGUGGUCGACCCCAAAAAACCCUUCAGGAAACUCAACGCGUUCGGAAACUCCUUCCUUAACAGGUUCAUCUGCUCUCAGAUGCCCAAUCAGGUUCUUCAGAGCAUCAGCAUCAUCGACACUCCUGGUAUCCUGUCAGGAGAGAAGCAGCGAAUCAGCAGAGGUUACGACUUUGCGGAGGUCCUGCGUUGGUUCGGCGAGCGGGUGGACCGCAUCAUCCUGCUGUUCGAUGCCCACAAACUGGACAUUUCUGACGAAUUCUCCGAGGCCAUCAAAGCCUUCAAGGGCCAAGACGACAAGAUCCGAGUGGUCCUGAACAAGGCCGACCAGGUGGACACCCAGCAGCUGAUGCGAGUGUACGGCGCCCUCAUGUGGUCACUGGGGAAGGUGAUUAAUACUCCAGAGGUGGUGAGAGUUUAUCUUGGUUCCUUCUGGGGCAAACCACUGCAGAACACUGAGAACAGGCGUCUCUUCGAGGCGGAGUCUCAGGACCUGUUCAAGGACAUCCAGAGUCUCCCGAGGAACGCUGCCCUCCGUAAACUCAACGACCUCAUUAAGAGAGCUCGUCUGGCCAAGGUGCAUGCUUACAUCAUCAGCUACCUGAAGAAGGAGAUGCCAUCUCUGUUUGGACGAGAGAAGAAGAAGGAGGAGUUGAUCAUGAGGCUGCCGGAGAUCUACACCAUCCUGCAGAGGGAGCAUCACAUCAGCCCCGGAGACUUCCCCAACGUCACCAAGAUGCAGGACAUGCUGCAGCACUACGACUUCAGCAAGUUCCCGUCCAUGAAGAUAAAGCUGAUCGAGUCGGUGGACAAGAUGUUGGCCUCAAAAAUCGCUGGUUUGAUGACGAUGAUCCGAGAGGAGGAGUCCAAGGCGCCGCCGACCUUGGUGUCAGGCGGCGCCUUCGACGGCUCUCAGGAAGGACCCUUCGGCCGAGGCUACGGCGAGGGCAUUAGCGCCGGGGCCGACACGGAGGACUGGAUCGUGAGCCGCGACAAACACCGCUACGACGAGAUCUUCUACACGCUGAUGCCUGUCAACGGCAAGAUCACCGGCGUCAACGCCAAGAAGGAGAUGAUGAACUCGCGGCUGCCAAACACCGUCCUCGGGAAGAUCUGGAAGCUGGCCGACUGCGACCACGACGGGAUGCUGGACGACGAGGAGUUCGCCCUCGCCCAGCACCUCAUCAAGAUCAAACUGGAGGGUUACGAGCUGCCCUCCGAUCUGCCCGACCACCUGAUGCCCCCGUCCCACCGCAAAGACCCCACCGCAGACGCCCUGUACAACCACACCGAGGACUAGAGCGCCAACAGGGCGGCGAGCGAGCCCCGGAGAGACUGACUGACAGGAAGUCCACCUGUAAAACAACACCGCAGGUCAACUGCUGCUGGUGGGGUCAGACUGAGGGGGAACCAAUCAGCAGCCUGACGGCUACAGAGCGUCAAAGGUCAAAGUUCAGGUGUUUUAUAAUGAGGAGCUCGACGCUAAGAUGAUCUCAUCAGUUAUGAGUCCAAAUAACCUGCUUUUAUUUUGGUAAGAGUUUAUAUGUCAAUUAUUUUAAAGCAACAAACAACACUUUUAUUGUGAAAGAGAACAGUGUAUCGUGAUAUUUCCUGCUUCAUAUUCUCACAUCUGGGUGAUUAAUAUCAGGCUACAGCCACACGACUACGUAAGUUGCAUCAAAUCUGCUACAGAUAUGUAUCCACACAACUCUAUGGCGUUAUAUGAAUUGAUAAUAAUUCUGUGCUUUUAUUCUGAAGGCCAAAUCCAUUUUCCAAAUGCCUAACUUUAGAGUUUCCUGUAAACUGGGGAACGCGAUUAUUCUUUUUCUCCACCUUGUGACGCCGAUCGUCCAGAAGAGGAUUAGGGCCACGUGAGAAAUGCAGAUUCUGAAAAUAGGCUGAGUUAGAUGUUUGAUUUCACGCGGCACUAAUCCUCCUCUGUAGAUCAAGAUGAACGUUAAAGGAGCAGCGAUGAUCAGUCGGAUCCGUCCACAGCAUCGAGGGAAACGUCCUCCUGAGCUGAAGGUCAAACAUCUGCAGCCGAAGCUGCUUUUUCACUGGUGACCAAGAUUUAUUGUUUUCAUAUCGUCCAGAGUCUCAUGUCGGCUUCACCGGGUCACGGCUGCAGAUAUUUGAAUUAUCGAGCUCAUGUAGGAAUCCUGGUUAAUUCUCUAAAGUAAAGAGUCACAUCCACAUAAACAGAGGUUUAGAGACUGAGAUGAAAAUAUCACCUCAUAAAAAGUUGGAUUUUUCUUUGGGUUGUCGAGGACGUGAGGAUUAUUUUCAGAUGUAGUUAUUUGAGUAUAGAAUGAGUCAGACUCAGGUCACGAGGUCACGAGGUCGCGAGGUCGCGGCUCCUGCAGCUAAUCUCAACCCCCUGAGUCGUCUUUACGUUCGUUGUAAAUCCGACUGACCUUGUGUUUUGCAGCAGGAAGCCGUUAGUUAGCGCCUCCUCCUCGUGACGAUGGAGUUCAGAUGCAGUUCCAGUCCAGGACGCUGGGUCCAGGGUAUUCUCAGAGGUCAAAGGUCACAGUCCGUCCUGUUUUAACAGCACAGCGACCGCUGCAGCUCGUCGUUAACUCGUCCCUCGGGGACGGAUGGCGUCCUGAAACGUGUCCGCUCGCUUCUGUUUCCUCGUAUUGUAAACAUCAGCAGAGACGAGCAGAGCGGUGACCUCUGACCUCUGCUGACUGCACACCUUCCUCUCCGUAGAAUCCUCUGCUGCCUUCGUGUCUUAUUUCCAACUCUGGAAAUUCUAACCUCGACUGGGGAGGAAACUUUUUCCACUUCCUGUCACAAAAUGACUAAAAGGAGUUGAUGCUGCAGUAAAUCUGAUUAUAUGAAAGUGUGUGAAUGUGCCUUUAACUGCAGCAGCGAGGUUCGACCAAUGAAAACAUCUGAUUCUCAUUCAGAACCUUUGAAAACAAAACAUCAAAACAGGACGACUCAGGUUCAACCAUGUGACCUGUGACGUCAGAGACACGUGAUCGCAGCGUUUUCCACACUAACACUAAAAGUACAAGUUUAUUGUUGUCAUGACAACAGCACGUUUGAAUGUGUUCAGUGAUGAAUCCUUUCAUCUGUGUGUCAAACACCAGACGUCUUCAUAAUGAGAAACCUUCAUAUUCGAAUGACUCUAAUAUCUCAAACUAAAGUUCUACUCAGGAAGGUUUCAGGAUUUGUAUUUUCUCAUCCAGUUAUUCUGAGAGUUUCUCUCAUUAUUGUUUUAGAAAUGUUCGCACAUUUUUGAAAGUUUCUAUGUUUUGAUAAAGUUUUUUAUUAUUUUUAGGAAUUUUCAUAAAUUGUUGACAUGAUUUUGACGUCAGGAUAUGUUAUUGGUGGAAUGUUUUCCUUGACGUUAAAAUGCCUGUAAACUCCUCACUAGUAUAAAACGGUGUCACACCCCUGGACGGAGCUGGAAAUGUGUACAUUCAUAUAUAAAGUAUAAAAACACUGUACAUGAACUACUGUAAAUAUGCUGAUGUUGAUCCACAAGGCGUCAGCGGCUGCGCUCGGGGCCGUCCAGUGAGGAGACGGCUGCUCGUCACGUCUCUAACUGAGGAUGAGCAGCUUCUUGUUUCCUGUCAUCUCAUCCUGUCCCCACAUCUCGGAUUUGAACUCUGUGGAUAUCGUCACCUAAUCGAUGACCAAAGUUUGUCUCAAGAAUCCAGCUGAGAUUUCAAAGCUACAUUUGCACACGUCCCCAGCAGUGCCUGCUCAUCUCAAUGAUUCAGAAAGAGCGCCCCCUUGUUUCUGCUCGAGACAAAGCCUUUAAUAUCUGUCAGCUCCGAGUGUUUCAGAGCUUUAAUGUUUCCGGUCUCGGCCUUUCAGAACCUUCUGUUCCUAUGACAGGACGUGUUCGUCCUCGAGGGUCCAACAGUUGCUCGGUGCCUUUAAAACACAGAGAAGCUCGAGGUCUACGUUCAUUUCCCCACAGAGCAGCUGUCUCUGAGGAUUUCUUGGUUUUAGUUUUGAUCAAACUCAUAUUCAUGUGAAGGUGAAAGGUUUUAUUUUUGUGAUUUUAAACUAUUUUGUAUUCUUGCUGUUUGGAUGUUACUCUGUUGUGAUGAUGCAGCUCAUCCUGUCAGCAGAGCUGGAGACUAAUAAAGUUUAUUCAACACGUGCACUCGUGGAGCUGAA